AUGGGCUCGUCUCCAGAUUAUCACGGAAACCUCGUGGCGUUGGAAGGGUCGCCCGAAGUCGUUUCCACCCAGCUUCGCCUUCUCCCAACCUCACCACAGAUUCUGGUUUUGCCAAGUAUUCAGAACUACAUCAAGGCCAAAGCCAACGAUACGCCAUUCGAUGCUCGCUCUUUUAUUCGAGAAGUCCACGAGGCCUCAACUAUCAGACAACACAAAGCCCUAGAGUUUCUCAGAAAGGCAACGCCCUCACGGAAGAGACUGGUGUUCCUCAACGGUGGGACUGUGAGCGCGCACACCCUCUGCAUCACGGCUAUCCGGCAACAGGAAGGCAUCGAAGGCUACUCCAAGGCGGAGGCAAUCUUUACAGAGCUUGUCAAGGACGGAUUAGCAGGGUUGGUGGGUCCUACACCAAAGCCCAGUCAAGCUGCAUCGGGCAAGGGUUUGUACAACGGUUUUGGAUAUGAAGAGGUGGAGGUAGAAGACGCUUCAACUCUGGCGAUGAGGGCGGCGGAGGUACUGGAUCAGGAGACCCAGUCUCUGCAACCCAAUGAGCUUCUGGACUUGGACAAGACCAGGCCACGAAGCUUUAGUCUCCCGAGCGUUAGCGUUCUGAAACAGGCCGCAUCUGAAGAUCUUAACCUAAUGGUGACUGAUACCCCCGUGGAAGGCGGUGCCUCUUCUCCCGCAACGUCGGUCGCGGGCCGUACGCGGCUCUUGGAGGAGGCCCCAAAAUUCCAGGCCACCCUUUGGGAUCCCGCAUGUUCGAACACGCUGCGGAUGUCAACAUGCAGCAGCAUAGUUGCGACGUACGCCUACGCACCCACUUACAACCUGCCGCGCCCUGUCAACGAGCUGGCAUGCUUGUCCCCCCUCCCCGAACUGCCUAUUGCAACCCCGACGAGUCCGGGCAAUACUGUCAUUGAACAAGCCGAAAUCCUAGACAUGGCACCGUUGACCAAGACGGCCUCAGUCAGGAGAGUGCGCUCGCUUGACCGCAUGUUUCCGACUCGUGGCCUCAGUCUGAGGUUCACUGUUCCGACCGAAGGUGCGGCAAGGGAUGCUCCGAAUCGGAAGAGAGGCGAUGGGGAGGAUACACGCUGUUUCUCUUGGGUCGGAGUACCGGGCCCUGACGUAUCAUCACGGCCCCGUCCCGUAAAUCUCGAUCUCCGGCGGGCUGUCGUAUGCAAGGCCAACCAAACAACAAUCUCCCGAUCGGCAUCACGCAGGAAACCGGAAACGAGCUUGCGGUAUGUCGACAAAGGCACAGACGCAUUCGAAAUCGAUGUAGAGCCGGAUUCAAUACGCAGUGCCGAGCAGCCGGUCGCAGGGCCUGCUAUACCUUUUACAGAAGACCUCGUGAUACACUUUACGGGUGACGCGCAUCACCUCCUUUUCGAAUCAAUUAUGCAGGGCUUCAGGACCGGCGUGUACCCAGUGGUUCCCAUAUCUAGCCAUGACAGCUAUGAUAUUUCAGACUUUCCCGCAACUCCAACUACCACCGAAUGGCCCGCACCAUUGGUGUGGAAGAAGAGUACACCUGCCUCUGUGGUUAGUGCGUCCGAUGAAUACGAUCCAUAUAGACCACAGAGCGAGUACGCACGAGGACGGGUUAUCCCACCCUCGAAAUCGGACGAGAUGAGCAUGCCUGCUCCUAUCAACCCACCCACUCCAGCUCACACACCACCACCUCAUCAUACCAGGAAUCCCAGCGACAAGUUUCGAGUCCUUUCCAUCGCCAGGAAGUCAUCCAUUAGCGUACAGAAUGUAUUGCGUAGUGAACUUGCUACACACUAUUCCUCAGACAAGCAAGGAUUUAGUCAACAGUUCUUGUCUACCCUCCCAGAAAUGGAUAACCUGUGGAGACUGCUUUUUGAGGGGGUCACCGAACCAAGGCGGUCAAGCCGUGACAGCAAGAAUGGCCUCACAAGGAGCCACAAAAAGCAUUUGGAUCUAGUACUCGCCAUCGGCGCAGACGAGGCUGUCGAGGAGAGCUUUUCUGCGUCGGUAUUAGAGCAGCUGGGUAGAAUAGGAAACGUUUCGGCGAGUGGUAACGUUGCAAGGAGCGGCCAUUUGAAUCUCAGGUAUCUGAUUGCCAAUGCCCUGCGGCAGCGCCUAGAUCACACCCAGGACGAUCCUCUUGGUAGUCCGAUGGUACUUGCGGCUUUGAUCAUCCCGCACUUGGACAUGUACCUAGCCGCGCAUCCAGACGUCCGUUUCAUGAUACUAGAGUACCCCGCAGGCCAUUUCCCAACCGUUCUGGCCUUGCAAAGGCUCAUGGGCGACCACAUUGUGCAGGUUGCUGGGAUCGUGCCUGAGCAAAGGGCAUAUGCACCGAGGCGUCGCGGUUCGAUCCGGAGCAUUCAGGCAUCGGCCCCAUCCCUACAGUCGUUCACCAUUGCCAACCAGACCAUCACAUUAUCGGCACACGCGGAUAUCACUCUCGCAGCAACGGCCAAAGAAGACGAGGUUUCUGCCUUUAUCUCGGACAUAUGGAACACUUUGGUCGAUGCCAGUGAUUUCUACACACCUGACCAUAUGCCCGCCAGACCUAGCAAAAAGGAAGCUCGACCCGUAAGCUUCAGCCUCUCAGCUCCGCCUUCAGGGGCCCUUCCCCGACUACCCAGUACCUCUGUGGGCACGCAGACCUUAGCCGAGCCUCAGGAGCCGCCCGAGACAGCCAUGCCGUCGACACGCCGUCGCAACCGUAGCCGGCGCCGCUCGCCAUCCCCCACCCCCUCGACAAAGUCGCGGGCCUUUUCCAUUGCCUCUUUCCGCACCAGCAAAACGGUCAAGAGCAGGGCGGCGCGUAGAGUCACAAUGGGCACGAUGGGCACGACGGGCGGCGGCACCGAGAGCAUCCUGGACUUUUACGACCCGGCCGAGGAGAGCGACUACGACCUGGAGGAGAGGCGCCUGAUGCCCCUUUACAUGACACGCGGUCAGGUGCCCAGGAAGGCCAACACGCGCAAGGCUUUGAAGUGGCUGGGGCUGGCGUAGAGCAAUGCUUACUUGGUCUUUGCAUAUGGUGUCUUUCGUUUCCUAUGGGCUCUUUCUUUGCCUAUGGGCUCUUUUUUUCGGCUGCUCCACUCUUUUAUUUCCUUUGUUACCAAAGCGAGCAUCACAAAAAGAUAUUGCUCGCGCAAGCGCCUUUAUGGUGUUUUCAGUUGAUUUCGAGUAAAAAUUGCCUGAUUUGUUCUAUACCUUUUACGCUGGUACCUCUAAAGGCGUUUUCUUUUUUCGGAUUUAUUUUCUUUGUUACUUUUGUCCGCUUUCUCUUCUUCCCCGAGUAUACUCGGAUCUUCUUCCUUCAUGGACUUCUUUUAGAUACCUUUGCAUAGCCAUGCGCUAGAUUACUUGUGUCAUUUUGGAUCAAGCUCUUGAGCGUAGUAGGGUUUAAUAUGUUAAUACAUCUUUUUUGUGUCAUGAGUCCAUAUAGAAGAGGAGAAGCUCUUUCCGAUUUAGUAGGGUUUUCCCGUGACCUUGGUUUUAACAUCUAAAUAAAAGCAUUACACUUCC